AUGGCACAGCUCUACAUACGAUGCGGCAUGCACGACGAGGCCCUCAAGACGUAUCACUACAUUCUCAUACUGCUGCAGCAACAAGACAGCAGUGCGAAACGGACCGAAAUGGCUGCCACUCUCUCGUCCAUGGGGUUGGUCUACUAUGCUCUGCGAGACUACUCGUCGGCACUGCAGCACUAUAAGCAAGUACUGACCAUCCAGAGUCAUUUGCAGCAUGACAAUGAUGACACUGGUGUGCAUCGGCACUUUGAGAUUGCCACAACCUUGAAUUCGAUUGGAUGA